UUUACAAUAAGAACUAUGCAGAUAUAUACACACAUGUAUAAACUCAUUCAUAUAUUUAAAAAAUAUAAUUCUAGAGGGAUAACUUCUCUUGUAUUAAAUUUUUAAAUUAAUUUUUCAAAAUAAAAUUGAUAGAAUCAAAUAACUUCUCCCACUUAUCCUUAUAUUGUGAUAUAAUUCUCCUCUAAUUCAAUGAUAAAAGAUUGUAUGUCAUGAUUGUUGAUAUCAAGAAAUUAUAGAUAUGCUACAUAAAUUAAUAUUGUAUAAUUUAUGUAACUCUGUUUUACAUACGUCACAAUUAAUCACAAUUAAAACAAAAGAUCAAAUAUAAACUUACGAAAUAAAAAUAUUUAAUCAACAGUCAUGAUAAAUGAAUAUCUACACACGAUGCGACUUUUGAAGGUAUAAAACGGAAGCAAAAAACAUUAAAAACGCCUGGUAUAUAUGAAAGAAUUUUAAAUUGUACUAUUUAGUCAUAUUUAAUUUUGAAGUUAAAUAAAUGAUAUAGAUUAUUCUUUGUUAACAAAACGGAAAAAUAUUUUAUGAAUGAUAAGAAGAUAAGUAUAUCAGAUGCAAUAGCAAAACGAAUAUCUCUGUUACUUUUUAAGAAAUUUUAUAUAUAGAACAAUUAAAUGAGAAUGUGUCUCUGUAAUAUAAACGGCCGUUACAUAACUGUUUACACAUUCCUCUUUACAAUCUUUAAUAUAUAUCUUAUUUUAUUAGUAUUAUGAAAAUAUUAUUAGUUUUAAAAUACUUUGCAUAUAAUCACCGAUUUGUUGCUCUGUAUCAAAAUAUAUAAUUUUUGCACAAGUACAAGGUCGUCUUUCUGUAUUUACAAUCAUUGUUGUGCGAAGAUAACGCGCGCGAUCAAUCUCUCGUAGAUAUAUAUGUAAAUUCUCUUUAAUCUCAUUUUAUAAAAUAUUGUUGAAACCAGAUUAGUAAUAAUGUAUGAGCGUGUAAAAACUAUUAACAAAUAUUAUAAUAAUCUAGAAUAUAAUAAAAAUAAUAAGAAAAUGGUGAGUAUAUGAAUAUGAAUAUGUAUAUGUAUUAUUAAUAAAGGAUUUAUGAGAUUUAAUGUUCAUAUUGAAAACAAAGAGAGAAAAUUUAAUCUCUAUUUCUUGUAAAAUAUGUAAUACUAUUUCAUAUAUGUACUUUCAGGAAGCAUUAACAAAAAUAUCCAAUUUAUUUAAGGAAUUAAAAUUUGCGGAUACUGAUACUAUAGAAAUUAGAUUUCUUUAUACAGCAUCACUAAUAGAAAAGCAUUUGGAUCUUUUUAUGACAGUUUGCCAACAUGUAGAUGUAGCUACCACUAUUCUUGAUUACUUCUAUUAUUUUGGUGCAAAUUUUGCGCUUGAUUCACGGUAUUAUGCUGAAAGCUUCGAUAUAACCAUGUGUGUAAUAUUUACAAUCUCUAAUAUUUAUAAAGAAGAAGCUAUACAGAUAUUUUUGGAAACUGCCGUUAUGUAAUUAUACAGUAAAAAUUCUUAUACUGCAUUACAUUAAUUGGUCAUUAUUAUAGAAAAAUUGAUAUUAUUCAUAUUUUAUAAGUUAUGUUUAUAUUUUAGUAUGGAAUCACAAAAACUGGUGUAUUAUAAUUAUAAAAAAAUUGCACCCCGUCACAUGGAAAUAAUGAUACUUCUCGAAGAUUCAGACUUACAUGCAGUUAUUAACUGUUUGAAGUUUAAAAACAUUAUGUAUAGUUUAGAUAAAAUUUGGGUCCAAGAAUCAAUAGCACAGACUUUUAUGUGGCAUUUUAAGAAAUGUUUUGGACGUCUGGAUGUUCCUAUUUGUAUAUUUCAAUCAAAGCAAGAAUUAAUUACAUGUAGUGCAUCUGUAUGGAGUAUAUAUAUGGAGAAUAUAAUGAAUAUAGUAUCCAUAUGGUCAGAAGAUGUUAUAGCUGCAAAAAAUUUAGCAGGAACUUUAAAUCAACAAAUUAUAUUUAUAAAUACGCAUAUGGAUAUUUGUCCCGAUAUUAUAUUUCCAUAUUUUGAUAUAAUUCUCAAAUCAUUAUUUCUGUCUAUGCACUCUUUACGAGAUAUAGACAAUACAAAUCCAACUGAGCAUAAAGUUACCUUAAUAUACGAUCUGUUUUAUAAUGGCAUGUGGCAAAAACCUAAAGAAAAUACAUAUUGGAUACAUGAAAAUGUUUUAUUGGCAAAUGCAACUCGUGCAGAUGUUAUGGAAUGUAUUGAUUCAGCUCGAGAAGGAUUCAACACUUGGAGUACUAUGUCCAGUGAGUCUAAAAUGCAAAUAUUAUCUAAUUUUGCAACCACAUUAGAAUGUAAUGGUGAUUAUUUAUUGGCCAAGAUAGUAUUAAAAUGGAUAAAAAUGUCAUAUAUUGCUGGAAAUACAAUAGAUUGCUUUCAAUCUGAAAGAUUUGAAGUAAUAAAAGCUCGUAAGCCACAAGGCACUAUUAUUCUUAAGGAGAAAGAUGAAAUCACUUUGUUUCGUGAAUUAACACAAAGUUUAAUUAUUGGCAAUUCUGUCAUUGUGAUAUGUAACCCAGAUUUAUGUACUCUAGCACCAUAUUGUGACAUGUUUAAAAUAUCUGGAAUACCUCCGGGUGUUAUAAAUUUUUUAUCAAGUCAAAAUGCAGGGGACAUUCAAUGUACUAAUUUUGUAAAUUCAACGUCAGCUGAAGCAUUUGCUGGACUUACCGUAACACAGCAUAUUAUAAUAUCUCGUCAAUAAUUUUAAUAAGAUACCACGUAGGCUCUAAUCAUUCUAAUGUUAUGAUAAAUCCGCGGAUAAAUACACACACAAAUAUAAACACACAUUCACAUAUUUAUAUAUUAUAAUUUUAAAAGAACAAUAUCUCUUGUUAUUAAGUUUUUCAAUUAAUUUUUUAAAACAAAAUUGAUAGAAUUAAAUAGCUUUUUCUGCCAACCCUUAUACAUAUCAACAGAUCCUUUAAUUCAGUGUUAUAAAAGAUUGUGUGUUAUGAUUGUUGGUUAAAAAUGUCAAAAUUAUAAAUAUAUUGGUUAGAUUAAUAUAUUAUAUAAUUUAUUUUGUU